CUGGCGUCACACUUCGGGCUCGUCUUGAAACUUUCAUUCACUUCACAAUUUACAUUCGACACUAACACAGCAAGGAGAGGACGGGAUCAGAUGGAGAGCUUUCCCUCGCCAGCAGUCUGAAGCGUACGGCCAUUCGCGGCAACACGAAACAUUUAGUAUAUACCGGGGCGACGAAGCCAUACUUCCUAACUAUAUCCGGAUACGAGGCUCACGAGCCCACGAUCACCCACCAUGGCGCCCAAGGGAACCCAACAGGAGAAAGCGAAGAAGAAGCCGACAGUCGACGACAAAACCUUUGGCAUGAAAAACAAAAAAGGUGGCGCCGCACAGAAACAGAUCAAACAGAUCGCCGCCUCGCAGGCCGCUUCCGGCAGCCCAGCAGAGAAGAAGAAGGAAGCCGAGAAGCUCGCUCGUGAGAAAGAGAAACUCGCUGCCGAGAAAGCCAGGCUCGAAGCCGCCGAACUCUUUAAACCCGUCAACAACCAGAAAGUCCCGUUCGGCGUCGACCCGAAGACGGUGGUAUGCCAGUUCUUCAAGAAGGGUAUGUGCGACAAGGGACGCAAAUGCAAGUUCAGCCACGAUCUCGAACUAGAGCGGAAGACGCAGAAGCGGAGUUUGUACACCGAUACGCGGGAAGGCGACGAGGAUGGCGAGGGUGGAGAGGAGGACGAGAAGAAGAAGGACGAUAUGGCCGAUUGGGACGAGGAGAAGCUGCGCAGUGUGGUGAUGAGCAAACACGGCAAUCCCAAGACGACGACGGAUAAGGUGUGCAAGUUCUUCAUUGAGGCCGUGGAGAAUGCGAAGUAUGGUUGGUUCUGGACGUGUCCGAAUGGAGGCGACAAGUGCAUGUACAAGCAUAGUUUGCCGCCUGGGUUUGUGCUCAAGACGAAGGAGCAGCGGGCGGCGGAGAAGGCGUUGAUGGAUAAAAGUCCGUUGGCUACGCUGACGUUGGAGGAUUUCUUGGAGAGCGAGAGACAUAAGUUGACGGGGACAUUGACGCCCGUUACCCCAGAGUCGUUUGCGAAGUGGAAGAAGGAACGGCUGGAUAAGAAGGCUGCGGAGGCCGAGGCGCAGAAGAUGAAGGAGGCCACUGGUAGGGCGAUGUUUGAGAAGGGCGAUUGGCAGGCUAGUGAGGAUGAGGAUGAUGAUGAUGACGAUGGUGAUGAGGAUGAUGAUGGUGCGUGGAAUCUGGAGGCCUUGAGGAGGGAGACGGAGGCGGCGAGGCAGAGGAAGGAGGAGGAGCGUUUGGCUCAGCUCAAUGGAGGCGAGAUGCCGCAGGUGGCCGCCGAGCCAAAUGGGAACGUUGGGGAUGAGACAUAAUGGUCUGAACUUUAUGGACGAUUAUGGGCUCGGGCUGCCUCACCCGAUUGAGGUACGAUUGUGGCUAUGUACGAGAAGGGUUACAGCAUGUCGGACUCAAUGAAAGCUGCAAGCCGAGCUGACUGGAUUUUGACCCUGCACUAACGAAGCUGCAAAAGCCCAUGCGCUUGGGUCCCAAGCAGUGCCAUGAUGGGAGGCACGCACCACGUGCUCCAGCUCGUGGCAAUGGCGAUGGGAGAGGCAUUGCAUUGGCAGGGACAGCACGUGCUUGCAUAAAGAAUUAGUAAAUGACCUUGAAGACCAAGGUACCGCACCUGCAAAUCAUCAUUGCCACGG